UCGCUCGCCAACCAAUCGGAAGCCGUUGCGACGACGGGUCCCGAGAGAGGCUUGCGGAUCUCUCUCGGCUCCCUUUUUUUCGCCCCAAUAAAUCAUUAUUUUAUUCUUCCCGUGAAUUUAGCGCAACGGGUUAACGUUUUUGAACAGAUAAACGAGUCGAGAACGACCGCACGAGUCGAUAGGCGCGUUUUUAAAGAUUUCUCCCAACGUUUUUUUUUGUAACGCUGAAGGACCGACCCUCGGAUAGUUUGUUUGGCCGGGUCCCCCCUCAGCCGACGCCCGCAGGAGGAGCUAGGCCGCACCACCCUACGGGGGGGGAGUGCUGGGGGCCGAGGUCGGAUUCGAUCGUUGUUGUUAUUGUUGUUGAUUUUGGAGCCGGGAUUCGUCGAAGACAUGGGCAUGUUGCUGAGCAGGCAGCGUGGAGGCGUGGAGGAGUUGGAUAUCCCGUCGAAUUCCGCCUACAAGUACCCACCCAAGACCGGAAACUACUUCGCCAGCCACUUCUACAUGGGCGGGGAGAAGUUUGAGAGCGGCACGCCGGAGAGCUACCUGUUCGGGGAGAACGCUGACCUCAACUUUCUGGGCAGCCGCCCCGUGCCCUUUCCGUAUCCCGCGCCGCCUCCCAGUGAGCCGGUGCGAGCGCUCCGGAGCCUCGUCAACAUCCGCAAAGACUCGCUGCGCCUGGUCAGGUGCAGCGAGGAGGUGAAGCCCGACGACGGGGAGGGGAGGAGCACGCGAGUGCGGUACAAUGUGGAGUUCACCUUCGACAGCGACGCGCGUGUGCAGCUGUGCAUCUUCUACCAGGCCACAGAGGGGAUGCACGCAGGAGCAAUGCGUUACAUCCCAAAGACGCCAUCGCUCAAGUCGGAGUUCGUGAGCUUCCCACGAGGAGCCGGUCAGCAGUUUUGCCUGCCCUCGCACAGCCUCGACCUCUCCGACUGGAGCAUUCAAGAAAUGACCUACGACCCGGAGAAGGAGAUGUACCCCAUGGUGAUCCAAGCGUCCGUGGCGGAGGGAGGCGAGCACGUGGGCCACAGCCACAUCCUCAUCGCCACCUUCGACAAGGCCGCCGACGGAACGUUCUCCGUGAAGCCUCUCAAGCAGAAGCAAGUGGUGGAUGGAGUGAGUUACCUCCUGCAGGAGAUCUACGGCAUCGAAAACAAGAACAGUUUGGAGCCCAAGAGCACGGAGGAGGACGGUGGCGACAACAGCGGCGAGUGUGUGGUGUGCCUCUCGGACGUGCGGGACACCAUCAUCCUGCCGUGCCGCCACCUCUGCCUCUGCAACGCCUGCGCCGACACCCUGCGCUACCAGGCCAACAACUGCCCCAUUUGCCGGCUACCGUUCCGGGCACUUUUACAGAUCCGUGCCGUGCGUCGCAAGGUGGCUGCGGGGCCCUCCCCUGCCCCCCUCCUCGCCGCCCACACGUCCGACACCGAGGAGUCGUCGGAGCCGCUGCCCCCGGGCUACGAGGCGGUCUCGCUGCUGGAGGCCCUGAACGGGCUGCCCCCGUUCGUCGCGAGCGCCCCGCCGCUUGCGCAGGGCGAGGAGCCGCCCCCGGCCCGGCAGCCGCCCCUCCCCUGUCACCGCGGCGACGGCCCCCACCCGCACGCCGUCGCCACGGCGCUGCGCUCGGUCGCCAUGACGACGGCGACGACGGCGACGACGGCGACGGCCGGACCGCCACUGGGCGCCGAUGACUUCACCGUGGAGCCCGACGUGAAGACGAACGGCGGAAAGUCCCAUACCUCCUCGGUGCUGGACGGCGCCGUUCUGAACCGCAUGGGCAGCCGCUCCCGCGGCAAGAAACCCAGCGCCUCCUCCGACGAUGACUCCCACCCGCAGAUCUCCGUGUUGUCGGUGGCCGGAGAACUGCUGGCGCUGCCCAUGCCGUGCGGCGUGGAAAACUCGGCCUACUCCGCCACCUCGUCGUCUGCCUCCUCCACCGUCUCGUCCCCCGAGGUGGAGCCGAUGAGCAGCAGCAGCAGCGGCGCCGGCGGCGGCGGCGCUGGCGGAGGCUCCAGCGGCGCCCGCUCCUCAAUGUCCGUCGCGUCCUCAACCAGCGGCGCCUCGCACGAGGCCGACGGAGCGGGCGACGUCAACGGGGAGAGCCCCACGGGCGGCGAGCCGACGGCGGAGGGGCUCGGCGUCGGCUCCUUCCUGCCGGGCUCGCUGGGCACGCGCGACCUGGAGGGGAACGUUGUGGAAGUGGACUCGAGCGGAGAGGCAGUGCUGCUGGAGGCGGGAGGCGGAAGCGCUGCGCUGUACGAGGUGGACAACGAGUCGCCCGCACUACGGGCGGAGCUGGUGGACAACGUCGCUUGCCUGCCAGGGUCUCUGCUUUGCCCGGAGGCCAUGGAGGGAACGGUGGCGGUGGCGAUGGUGGCAGUGGCCGGAGUCCCCACCACCGGCCCCUCGGCCUGCGGGGACGGAGAGUCUGGACAACUCCUCACCGGGCCCAUGGCUGUCUGAGCCACACCGGGGU